ACUAAACACAGGCUGAACAUUUGAAUAUGGAUACUUAGGGGAUUAACGGUUUCAGAGGAGCAAGUGUGAAUUUUCUGUCGUGUUCAUCGUCCAUUAUUCCCCGUUAUUCACCCAAACACUCCCAACCAUGUUGUUGGGGAUUGACAAAAAUGAAAAGAAACGUAAACAUUUUACCUUGUGUCAUGAGAACAAUGAAUUUCGAUACGACACAGAAAUUGAAGGGCGGAUCUACUGGGCCUGUAAGGUACCCAACUGUCCGGGAAUGGUGGAAGAGGAGAACUAUAAAAUGCGGAUGAUAAAAGACCACGUGCACAUCAGCGGUAUGAAUGAUAGACAGACGACGAAAUGGCAGGACAACCCAUGGUACCGCAAACCAUCAACAGACAACUAUAAACACGACGCGACGGAAGCGUACAACAUCAACAACGGCCUGAAAAUGUCACGUGACCACGUCCAACCAGACGACAAGAAAGUACCAAGGGCAUCCUCACGAGAGGCAAAAGACAGAAAACGGAUAUCUAGACAUUUUUACUUCAACAUACCAUCCCAAAUCGAAUCACAACCAGUCCCUUCUUCUGUCACUUUAAGACAGUCUCCCGACCAACUGAAGAGGGAUUCAUUUGGCUCCGGCCUCGACAUAUCAGAGAUCUCAGACAGCCUGGGACCAGUUAUGAACUGUACUGGAUACAGACAACAACGUUUCUGGAUCCUGGUGGGGAUCUUUGGCUUGUUAUUUCUCACAAUCGUGGCUAUGGCGUUGUCUCUUUAUUUCAUUGACAAAUCAAUUCUAGACAGUCCAUUGCCAAAACAGAAUAACGAAGAUGUUCAACAAAGGACUGUCCCUGCAUCAUCUCCCACAUCAGCAACAGAGAGAACAGAGAGGGCAUCCCAUACACCGACCCAAGAUAACACGCCCACUGUCACCACUACCUCGCCAGGAGAAGGUACUGCUGAGUCCACAUCAACUACGUCACAAGUGACGUAUUCAACGACGACGCAGACGACACUUCAAACAACUGUGCAGGCCAUUCCUCUAUCGACAGGUGCAUUUGCUCCAAUAGUAUUUUCGGGAUCCCUGAUGCUCAACAAAACGUGGACUGCUAAACUCGAUGACAAAAGGACUUCGCGGUAUCAGCUGUAUUCUAAAGCUAUUGUAUACGAGCUGGAUACUGCAUUCCUGACCAGUCCGCUGAGGGAUCUCUUCAACUCCAGUAAAGUGAUGGGUUUCAGUUCUGGCAGUGUAAAGGUAUUCUUCAAGAUCACGUUUCAUGCCAUCGUGAAGGACGAUGGACAGAUAGAUAGUUCGCUUGUCAACGCUAAAAACGUGCAGCAGACGAUCGAGCGCGAGACGGCUAGACAACAGACGACAAGAACCAAUGGCUAUCUCAGUACAGUUAUGGGUGGAAGCAUUACAGUCAAACUGUCUAAUGGUAAACGUCGCGUUUACGAAAGUCUUGUCAGUUCAAAAGACAUUCAUCAAUGCAAAGAAAUAACUGUGAUAAUAAACGAAUGA